AUGUCAACUGUUGUUGUGGAUGAAACACAACAACAACAACAACAAGACCACAACCAUCAUCACACGCGGACAGGGUCUCCAAAAGAAUCUCCACAACAACCACAACAGGAGAAUGUGUCAAACCACAUUCAUCAUGAAACCACAACAACAACCAACAAGAAUCCUCUUCUUAUUACUCCUGUCGUCAACAACCAAGAAGCAUCCAUCAUUCAUCACGACAUUGCUACCAUCAUUCCGAGUCAAUUAUUUCAACAACAAGUGUCCAAUCAUGAUGGAAUUUUCAAUAAUAACAACAACAACAAUAAUAAUAUUCAUCAUUCGAAUGCAAAGGAUGAAAAUUUUAAACAUUCGAAAAGUGGUGAAAACGUUCUCAAUGAGUCACCACGAGUGUUUCGCGAAGCGGAUCAUCUCAAUAAUCUUGUUGAAACACAGCAAGAACCACUUCGAUUGACUUGUUCUACGAUUGUGGAUUUUGGAGGUCUUGUCGGCACGACCGCGACACCAACGAAUCACGAGACGCCGAUCCAAGCAGCACUGUCAAAUGUCAAAGCUGAAAAGAAAGAUCAUCGAAAACACAAGAGACUGAAAAAGACACUUCAAGAUCAACACGAUGAUGAUCCUACUGAAAAAGAUAUGGAUCUCGCUGAUGCUGAUUUACAUUUCACACCCGAUGAAUUGGAAAUGCUACAAAGCGAUCCUCACAUUUCCAAGAAAAAACAUCAAAAUAAGAAUAUAGCAACUCAAGUGAAUUCAUCAAGUUCCACACAUUCCAUUUCACACAGUUAUGAAGCAACUCGUCCUCGACUCACGAUCGAACAGCAACAACAAAUUCUCGUCUCUCUUCAUGCAUUAAAUCUCAACGAAAUGCAACGAAAAGAAUUAAGAUUAUUGGGAGAUGUCAUUCGAAAAAUCACAGAGGAUGAAAUGUUCAAAUGCACAACGUUUGAAUCUGUGAAUAUUUAUUUAUUUAUUUUAAUUAUUUCAGCAACUGCUUCUGCUUUGGGAACGUUGGCAUUGGCAUUGAUUUAUUUUAUAGUAUUUCGAGGAUCCAUGGCAGAAGCUAUAUUUUCUGCAGCCAUUAGUGGAGUUUUUGUCGUUUCGAUUAUUAGUUGUGUCGGAGUUUGUGUGUUUUAUAACAUGAAAAAUAGACCAAAAAACAAGAAACAAAAAGCAGCGAUUGCUCAUUAUCAUGAAAUUGUGGAAGAAGUGUUUUAUAAUAUUGGAACUCGAUUUUUUCCAGAUUUUGAAAUUGAUUUUGAUUACAUUCAUGUGAAACAAGAUGGAAAUACACUCGAAGAGAGAAAGAAACGAUUGGAACGCGUUCGAAGGAAUCGUCACAAAAAACUACUCUCUCGAUUUUAUCGACAACAAAUACAGGCCUACCUCGGUGAAACGUUCAUGAUUUCACAAACGGAACAACCACAACUUCAAGAAGCUUCAAAUCCUCAUGAACUUGCUCAUGGCGACGCACCACAGAAAGAAUCUCCUCCCAUUGCCUCCACGACAGAUACCAUGUGGUAUUCUGUGUGUUGCAUUUUUGGAGGUUUUUGCACUCUCAUCAUUGUUCUCAUUCUGAUUCUCUUUUCAUUCAUUUGCUUAUUUUUCCCAUUGAUUUUUAAACGACCUCCUAUUGUUCCAAUAUUUAUUACAAUUCCCAUUCAGGUAGGAUAUGGUGUCGUGGCAGCAAUGGUGUUGGGUUUUUUGAUAUUUUUAUGUUUCUUUUCGUGCACCUUGUAUUGUUACGCGUUUGCUGGCAAAGAUAAUUCUUGGAAAUGUUUGUGUUGUUCACUGGAGACAGCACCGUCACACUAUUCAGAUCCGUAUGAGAUCAAUACAAAGCAGCAUGGAAGAGAUUUAGAGUUAGGAAAUGCAGCAGCUGUAAAUGUGAUUGAACAUGUAUAA